UGUCGGCAGGACGCGCUCCUGGGGCUGCCCAGGGCACCAGGCACACCGCUGCGGGCAGCAGCCUCUGGCAUGGCACACAGCUAAAGGGGAAGGGGGAAAUCACAGAUUUCAUGUGCAGUAGCUUCAAAAGGACAUUUGCAAAAGGCUGGCCAGCAAGUGAUUAACAACCAGCCGGUAACAAAGCCACCAAGGGCUCAGGUCCCCAGCCCCUCCGAAGAAGCCGCAGCCAGCUGCUGGACCCCAGCCACGCACAGCGAGUGGCGACGUGCUCCUCGCAUCGCCCUUGGGCCAGCUCGAGCCUCCCUCACCCGGAGCCAGCACUGGGGGCUCAGAGGGGGAGCAGCCACGUGCUGGCCGCAGGGGGAAGGUUUUUGGACGGAGCAGGAGGUGCUGGUGGCACCCAGCGGUGCUGGCUGCAGGCUUCACGGCGGCCACGCUAAGAAUUCAGCUUUUCAGCUCCUAAGCCCUGGGAUGCUGCACUCCAGAGCUUGGGUUUUAACUGCCCUCCACCUGCUAGGGCCAGCAGAAGGACAGAGCAGCCCAAACCGUACCCAGCAUGUAGGGCAGCAUGGGUCCUCUCCGCACACAUCAGCUGCUCGUGCCCGUGUUGGGAAGCGUCCCCGAGCCGCUGGUGCUCCCCAAGCUGCAGUGGUUGAAAACAGCUAAAAGAAACCAAACCCUGUGGGAUUUUGCCCCAAAUUUCGCCUUCCCCGGGAGGCAGCAGUGCAGCCGAGCCCUGCAGGGCUGCGUUUUGGCAGCUGGUGACUCCAAACCUGCAGCCCCGGGCACCUCCUGCUGCAGCUCCUGUGCGCUGGCACCUCUCCGAUCCCACCUCUCUCUGCUUGCAGGGGAGCUGCCGGAUGCAGCAGAGCGCAGCCAGCGGGUGAGCGACCCCCCAGGCUCUGCAUGGAUUGGAAUGGGGAAAGCUGCCUGCAAUAAGAGCCCCGGGCAGCUGGAGAGCCCCGGCUUCUUCCUUCGAGCACUCUUCCUCCUCCUCUUCUGCAGGCAUGUUUCUUCCCAGUGCAAGAUCCUGCGCUGCAACUCCGAGUACGUGGCCGCCACCCUCAACCUGCGCGGCUCCGGCAGGAUGGCGGCGUACUGCAACGCCCUCCGCUCCUACUCCCACUGCACCCGCAAGACGGCUCGCACGUGCCGGGGCGACCUGGCCUUCCACUCCGCCGUGCACGGCAUCGAGGACCUGAUGAUCCAGAACAACUGCUCCAAGGAGGGCCCCACGUCCCCACCCCGGCCCCGGCCCCCGGCUCCCAACCACCAGGGCUUCGAGUCUCUGGAUAUCUGCAACUACGAGAAGAGUUUCCUCUACAAGCACGGCCAGCCCCCCAGCUACCAGCACUGCGCGGCUUUCGGGGACCCCCACAUCCGUACGUUCCACGACGACUUCCACACUUGCCGGGUGGAGGGCUCCUGGCCCCUCUUGGACAAUGACUACUUGUUCGUGCAAGCCACCAGCGCCCCGGUGGCCAAGGGGUCCAACGCUACGGUCACGAGCAAGCUCACCAUCAUAUUCAAGAACAUGAAGGAGUGCAUCGACCAGAAGGUCUACCAGGCCGAGAUAGGCAACCUGCCCGCGGCCUUCGAGGACGGCUCGGUGAACGGCGGCGAGAGGCCGGGCGGCAGCAGCUUGGCCAUCCGGGAGCUCAGCCCCGGGCGGCACGUGGAGAUCCGAGCCGAGUACAUCGGCACCACCAUCGCCGUCCGGCAGGCCGGCCGCCAGCUCUCCUUCUCCAUCCGGGCGGCCGAGGAGGUGGCGCGCGCCUUCACGGAGGAGCAAGACCUGCAGCUCUGCGUGGGGGGCUGCCCCCGCAGCCAGCGCAUCUCCCGCAGCGAGUGCUGCCGCGGCCGUGCGGCGGCCGAGGCGGCCCGGGCGCUCUGCAAGGAGAUGCUGCCGGUGGAGGACGUCUACUUCCAGUCGUGCGUCUUCGACGUGGUGACCUCGGGGGACGCCAACUUCACCAUGGCGGCUCACGGAGCCCUGGAGGAUGCCAGGGUCUUCCUGCCCGACGCUGAGAAGCUGCACAUCUUCCAGGCUGGGGCAGGCUGCCCGCACGCCUCUCCUUCCUUCCUCCUCCUCCUCCUCCUCGCCGCUAGUCUUUGGGCUCUUCAGUCGCGCUUUUAACUCCCGCUGGCCGCCCGCCGCUGGCAUGGCGUACAGCGCAGGGGUAAGAUGAGAGCACUGCUGACUCAAGGCCCAUGCCUUGCAGAUCAAGAGAGAUGCCUCGUCUCGGAUCAAGUAGCUCUACAGCGAGAAGAAAUCGGAGCCCCAGACCUUUGGAGAGGGGAGCGCUGGAGACAGAAGUCGCUGAGACUCCAGUUUGUCUCUGCUGCUCCUGCACACAUGGCACUGACUGAGCCUCGCUCCUCUCCCAGCAGGCCAAUCCCCAUUUUUUUAUGUUGGAUCCUGGUGCGUGUUUUCCUAAAGGUGAGGAUAUCGCGGCCGUACCAAAGAAAAAAACAGCCAGGGCGCAGGCAUGCUUGGACAGCCUCUGCCCCUCAAAGCCUUUGGGUGCUCCUGCCAAGCACAGACUCUGGCAAGACACCGGUCCUUUCUGAGCUACUACAGCAGGCGUUGGCUCAGGGACCGUACAGGUUCAGCAAUAACAGGCUCAGAGCCCAGAGCCCAGUUUUUAGCAGUCAAAAAAUGUCAUCAGGUGGAUUUGGGGCCCCUUGACACUGCAGCUGCUGAAGUCACGCGGAGCAAGGCAAUCAGACGGUCAUCGGAGUGAUGUGACCAAGCUUUGAGGGUUGUUUUUUUCCACGAGAGCUGGAUUCGACCCUGCCACACAGAACCCUCCUUUCUCUGGGCUGGUGCCACUGAUUUCCAGCCCUCUGCAGGUGCAGAGCAUCAGGUCUCCGCCAUUUCAAGCUCCUGUUGCUAUUUUUCUUUGUUGUCUUGGCACCUGUCUAAGACUCAGUAUAGCAAGUUCUGGACUUUGGACCAGCGUUGAGUUUCAGUGAGAAAAAAAUACCACUCAGCAUUCCUCUCCUUUGGGCCCAGCUCUCUCUGUUACUGUCACAGCCCAGCUCACAUCCAACGAAGACUGUAGGUUUGACUUGUAAAAGAGAAUUAAUAAUGAAGACACUGAGCUGGCAAAAAGCCCUACAGCUGUACUGAUGGGCAGGGGAACUAUUAGCAGAUGUACAUAAAUACAGAGGUGAGGUCAAAUUAGAUGUUUAAUAUAUUUAAGAGGUUUUAAGUAAAGCAGAGUUCUAUAAGUUAAGAAAUAUUUUCCAUAUGCUUUUUUUUUAAUGAAGAGGACUCAUUAAAACUUUGCCAUCCCUGUCCCACGGAGCCACGAGUGCCUUGCAAAGCCCCGGCCUCGCAGACGCGAGCUGGCAGCCGUGGGCAGGAUUUGGGCAGGCGGCUGGGGAAGGAGAACAGCAAAUCAGGUGAGGAGGAUGUGGAAACCAAGGUUUUGCAAGUCACGUUUCAGUGCACCCCCAGUUUCUUUGGUCCAUUUUUUUUUUCACCUCUGUCUCUUCCACCAGACAGUGAAUGCAGAGAUGUUUCUGAGCUAUAUCAGCAUAUUUCCUCCUCCAACAUAGUCUCGAAGCACACAGUGACUAGCAUGAGAGUUUCUCUGUUUCUCGUGUGCUGCUCUCGCUAAUCCCUGAGCGUUUUGACAUUAAAGGUGUCUAUUUUUGAAGUCCUCAUUUCCUGUCAUCUGUCUCAUUUCUUUGGUCGGCAGCAGCAGGUGAAGAUAAUAAUAUCUCGCCUUCCACCCACUGCUCCUUUUACUCUGGAGCACUUUGUGGUUUAUAUACACCCGCGCUGAGGCAGGAGAGCAGCCAGUCUGCCUCGCCACCCCGCUCCACCACGUCACGGGUCCCCGUGGUGGUGACAAUGUUCCCCCAAAGGGAUAAAACCCUCAGCAGCCCCGACCAGCCUGCAGCAUGAAUAGUCCCGGAGCUCCGUGCAGGAGCAGGGCUGACUUUACGCAGCAACACGAGGGAGCCAUGGGGUGAAACGGGGGCUCCUCGGCAGCAUGCAGCAACUCUACGCCGCUGCCAUGAACAGCAUCGUGGUCACACAGUGAGGGACAGAUUUUACAAUGCACAAUAAAAUUAUCCUUAGGUUUGGGCUGGUGACACCAAGCAUGUAUGGGGAGAGGCUGGCGUUCCUGAUGGAGAGCUGAGGAUCUCGCUGCCCGAUGGCCCCUCGCUCCCCAGGCCUCGUGGUACCUCCACGGCUGUGUAUCGGGGACAGGAGAGCCCUCAGGACCCCCCAGCAAUGCGAAGGGAUGACCCCACACGUGUCCUGGGUGUAUGGGCAGGGAAGCGGCGCAGCACACCCCACCGAGUGCUAGUUCUGUCCCGACCCAGAGCCUGGCAGGAGGGUUGGUGUCGGGGCUCGCGCCUCCCAGCCCGCUCACUGACUUCCCAGCUGGAAAAGAAGCUAUGAGCUGGGCUCCAAAGGCGCUGUUCCCAUUGAAAAGAAAACCAGAGUUCCCUGGGUCCAGUGCGUUGAAGGCAUCUCCAUGUCAGUCCCCGGACAAACCCCAGAGCCCGUGAGAAGAGAGGGCUUUGGGCAGAGCUUGCUGGAAAAGGCGAGCCAGGCUGCCCUGAGCAGCUCCCCAGGGUCCCCAGCUCUGGUGUUGGUUAGGGCCGGCACCAGGCAGGCGCAGCACGUCACAGCCGCGGCCACCACUUCCUGCACACGACGCCGGUGCCUAAAUCCGAGCCUGGUGGGGGGCCGGGCAUGCACGGCACUGAAUGGGCUGGAGCCCGCUCCCAGGAUUGUUCCGUACUCUGCAUCCUAAGCGUAACAAUUUGGGGGAAGCAAGGCCUCUCAAAGACGUGCUGAAGGCUGUGAGGAGGAGAGAGCCCUUUCCACCCCUGCCAGAUUGCAGUCUGAAAUAAAGAGCUGGAACGUAGGCGUGGAUCCAAGGCCCAUUGAUGUCGACAGGAGUAUUUCCAUUGACGUCAGCAGACUUUGGAUCGAGCCCUCGGUUUCCUAGCAUAUGUCACCUGCUAAAAAAGACCCCGGCAACACCGGCCAGCAUUUUCAUAAGCGAGCCUGGUUUUGGCCAUUCUGCAUGCAGAUGCCCAACCUGAGUGGUUGCAGCAAGGGAAUUCCCAGUCUAAAUCCAACCCGGGGUUUGCCUGACCUUGUACACAUUUGUCAACAGCACCGGGUCUCGGGGGAAUGUCACUUAAAUCCCAUCUGGCUCCGAGUUCUAGCAGGUAGAGAAAUGCCAAGGCAUUUUCUUGGGGCAUGAGGUGUAGUAGCCAAAGAUGAAUCUUCAUUAGCAGCUUUCCCCUAGCAGUAAAUGAGCCGGUCAGCAGAGGCAGCCGGCUUGGCCAGCUCCUGGUGCUGCAGCGAGGGUACAAAGCUGUGUAAGUUGGAGCUGCUGAGCCACCAGCCUGCAAACCAGAGCUCUCCAGACCAUAUGUAGGUCUUCAAAACGGUAACACCGGUCUAAAAGCUGCCCAACCAUGCAGCUUUGAGGGGUGCGUUUCACGCCAUGCCGUGGCACGUUUUGUUAGCAAGAUGCUAAGGCCGGGACACACACGUCCUCCCCAGAGCCUGGGGUCAGAGUUGGCUUCAGGUUCGUGAUGGCCAAAGCCUCACCGGCGUCACCAGCAGGAAACGUGCGUGGGAACGGCGGCUGACACAGGCACGUUUCAGUGAGGGCUUGGCCGGGUGCUCUCCAAGCAUUUGGCAAGACAAAAAGUCUCUAAUCUAAUAAAAAGAAGUAAGCUGCCAGCGGCAUUUGGGCAGCAGAUGCACAGAACCUCUGGGGUUCUCUGGGCACAGAAUCUCUGGGGGUCCAACCCAGCGUUUUGCUCACGAAGUGGAAAUUCCACCGUUUUCACAGUUUUUUACAGCCCUUCCUUCGUGCGAGCAGGUAAUGCACGAAGCGAAUCCACGAACGCUCAUCCCCAGACGUGCACCUAGGACUGAGCAGGGCGGACAGAGCGAUGUGGUCAGCCUGGCACCUCCGUAAACCCAAAAACCAGCCCGUAAGGAUGGAUGGAGGAAGUCAAUCCCUCCCGCGUUCCAACAGCCCGUGCCGUUCCUGGAAAGGCCUCUAGAUGUCCGCAAAAUCCCAGGGAUGAGGAGCAGGGGACGGAGCCUGCAGGGAGAUCCGCGGCCCGUGGGUGUCAGCCCUCACCCCAAGCACCACCAAACGCUCCCCGAAAGGUGCUAAGUCUUUCUGCUAAAGAUUUAUUUUCUGCUAAAUUAGGUCCUAAAUCUUUCAGAUUUAGGGAGCUUUACGUUCAGGGUGAGCGUCUCCAGCAGCCGUCCCCUUGACCCCAGGCACAAACACAAGCGGUGGCAGCCUGAGAACAGCCUUGGCUGCGGAAAAGUUAGAAAUAUUCCUUAUUUCUUUGCUGUUUCCAUCGUGCACAACCUCCGUUGGGCCCUUGCAAGGGAUACCCAGACAGAGCAGGGAGGGGGGCUCAGGAAAACUUUUGCUUUCCAACACUUUUUCCUCUCUUAACAACAACAGAUUUAAAGUCUGGCUGCCACCAGAGGCACAGAGGGCCCGGUGGGUUGGUUUGGAAAGCAGAGGGCUGGCUUUGGUCUUGCAGAAGAGCAGGACUUGGGUGACGGAGCAGAGCCCAGCAUGAGCAGCUGAUGCAAGCAAGUCCUCCUGCCCAGGGCAGAUGAGAGACACGGGACUUCCCAAGCUCCAGAAGUCAAAUUCCUCCUUGUUUGUGGAUGACCAAGCCCGGUCUGUCACAGGCUGUUGACUCGCAGCUCCGACUUUCCCCCCGGCUCUGUUGCAAAAACACAAUCUGGCCAGAAAAGAGGUGAAGAAAUCCCGUCGCAGCAAAGAACCAUCUGUUAGGGAGAGCUUUCACGUCGUGUUCCUGGCAGGAGCUGGGAAACUGGGCCCUGGGGGAAAAAUCCUCACGCUCAAGCCCUGUGAGGACUCUUCCCUGUUCAGCAGGGAUUGGGAAGGGGAGAAGGGGCUCCAGGUCCGCGCCGUGCGUGCACAAAGCCCUUCCAAAGGCAGCCUGCACAGCGCUGCAAAUUGCAGGCAGCGGAAAGCCAAGCCCUUGCUGUGGAUGGCAGCAGCAAAAAGCUGAUUUCGGUACUGGGGAUCUGUGGGAUGUGCCCCGAGAGCUUUCCAGCCCGUUUCACCAAGGGACAACUCAACCCCGUCCACCUCCAGAGAGCUGGUGGUGUUGUGGCCCCUGCCCCACGUCAGGCACCGCAACCAAAACUGUUGUUUUUGUUCAGAAACACAGACGGAAAUGCUCCCCUUGCUUCUCUGCCUCAGUCUUCCUGCUUCUGAACCCAGCCGAGCUGAGCAGCCCCAUCGCCGCCGAAUCACUGCGGCGCUCUGGAUGUGGCUGCGGCCAAACGCCAGCAGAUACGAGCAGGGCAGCGGUGUCCUGCCAGCAGCCCCACGAGUUCCCCAGCCCCUCGUUCUCCAGCUGUGGCCACACGGCCCCGAUAUGAUCGGGGUGGGAUUUUCUACGCGCUGCUCUCCGCACACAAACAUCGCUGCCAAAGGAAAUGCCUCUUCCGCCCCAGCUCCUGUUCCCAUCCGCAGAACAGGCACACUCUGUCCCUUCGCUCGGGCCCGUUGUGAAUCCCUUUGCGUCCCUCUCUUCCCCCUCCCUGCCCCGAACGUGCUGGAAGUCACCAUAUAUGGGGAAAAAGGCAGAAAACGGCAGUGAGGAGCACCGGGGAGCUCUGCGCCAGGCUCCAGCCCUGGCCGCCAGCGGUCCCCGUGCUGCGGGGCAUUGGGGUGGACGGGGCAGAAGACGAUGCACCAAGAGGAGCCUGGCUUCUCCUGGCAACCCUGGGUUGUGGCUCCCGAUAAACCAGGAAAUAAAGGUUUUAUUCCUCAGGGCUUGGCAGGAGAACGGUUUCCAGCAUGGCCUGGUGUGGCCAUUGCGGAGCCCGGCACCGAAAGCAGAAGGGCGAGCUGCUGAGUCGCACUGCUUGGUUUCUGCCUUGCUUAAUUCCUUCUCCGUGACCCACGCAGCGGCCCCUGCUUUCCGUGACUCAUCUUAGGGCCUUGGUUUCCAGCCCAGCCCUGCUGCUUUUGACCUUCCUUAAACCCAGCACACUCGGUUCCUCAUGCGGCUCUCCUCGCCCCCGGCCGGGCGCAGCAGGAGGGGGCACGGCUCUGGUCACCCUCCUCACCCACCCGCGCUGCCACAGCCUCACCCAGAGCUUUUCUCCUUCCCUGCGGCAGCGAUCGAGGCCGGGGGGAUCCUCCAAGCCUCACAUUGCCAGUGGGAAGUGAGCUGAGAGGGGGUGAAAGCCUUAAAAUAAUCACUGGGGGGAGUGAGGAAGCACCCAAGAGCCGGCCCCUGCCCAGAAGUCAAACUGUCUUCUCCUCUGAUGUCCUUGCUCUGAGGGGACGUGACAUUUUGAGGCUUUCGUUUACAAGCUGAAGCUCGAUUUCCAAACCCCCUGCUUAACUCAGAGUGCUGCUUGCGUGGGAAACCUCGUGAACCCAGUCUCAUCCUGAGGAAAUCGCAGCUUCCCCUCCUUCUGCAGGAGGACCGGGGAGGCAUUUCCAGCCAGAUAGAGGUCAGGGGAGCAAAGGGCAGGAGCUGACUGACAGCUAAAAGCAAAUUUGGAGAGGAUUCAGGAGUUGGAACGUGCCUUGGACCAUAUCUUUGGC